ACAACAGCGUGUGUAAAUAAAAUAAACAAUAAAUAAAAGCAAAAUAAAAAAUAACAUGUCCAAAGUAAAAGCCGAUAAAUUAUCUCCCAAAGAAAGUGCCAAAGCUGAAAAUAGUGAAAAUGAAUCGAUUUGUGAUGAAACUGCUAGCGUCAGCACCAGCACCACUUCGCGCAGCAAAUCGCCUGGCUCUCGUGGAGGACGUCGAAAAAGUCGUCAUAGUAAAUCACAUGUUAAUGUACCGGCUUUCAAAUAUGAUUGUCAUUUAAAGGAAGAUCAUGGUCAAGCCAUAUUUGGCGUCGCCUUUAACUACUUACUGUGCAAAGACCAACCAAACAUUUUUGCGACAGCGGGAAGCAAUAGAUGCAGCGUUUAUGAGUGUCCGCGCAAAGGAGGUAUUAAAUUAAUAAUGUGUUACGCCGAUCCUGAUCCCGACGAAGUUUUUUACACUUGCACAUGGUCUUACGAUUCUAAAUUGUCUGUACCGCUUUUAGCCACUGCUGGCUAUCGUGGUGUCAUAAGAGUUAUCGAUAUACAAAGAAACGAAGCGGUGGGAAAUUAUGUAGGUCAUGGUCAAGCAAUAAAUGAAUUGAAGUUUCAUCCACGUCAGCCGAAUUUGUUGUUGUCUGGUAGUAAAGACCAUGCCAUACGUUUAUGGAAUAUACAAACACAUGUUUGCAUUGCUAUUUUUGGAGGUGUUGAAGGCCACCGCGAUGAGGUACUCUCUAUUGACUUUGAUUUACGUGGCGAACGUAUAAUGUCCAGUGGAAUGGAUCACUCACUGAAACUGUGGCGCAUUGAUACCCAGGAAUUUAAAGAAACCAUUGAAAUGUCUCGCACAUUUAAUCCCAACAAAUCUCAACUACCAUUCCCCACAAUCAUGCAACAUUUUCCGGAAUUUUCAACCCGCGAUAUUCAUCGCAACUAUGUGGAUUGUGUCCAGUGGUUUGGAGAUUUUGUACUCUCCAAGUCAUGCGAGAAUUCUAUUGUUUGCUGGAAGCCUGGUCAACUACACCAAAAUAUUUCUCAACUGAAACCGAAUGAUGCUUCCUGCACCAUUAUAUGUGAAUUCGAUUAUGACGAAUGUGAAAUUUGGUUUGUGCGCUUCGGCUUUAAUCCCUGGCAUAAGAUUAUAGCAUUGGGCAAUCAAUAUGGUAAAGUUUAUGUUUGGGAGUUAGAUCCUUCAGAUCCCAAACAUACUCAUUGUAGCACUUUGAAUAAUGUACGCUGUACUUCAAUUGUAAGACAAACGGCUUUUUCGCGAGAUGCAAAUGUUUUAGUUUGGGUAUGUGAUGAUGGUACCGUUUGGCGUUGGAAUCGUAAAAAUGCCGACAUACAUUCACCUUAAAGUAAGGAGACGAUUACGUCUUGCCGAUGAAGAUGAUGAACUUUCUGAAGUGCAACCGGAUGCUGUUCCGCCAGAAGUUCGUGAGUGGUUGGCUUCAACAUUUACACGACAAUUGGCAACAACACGCAAAAAAAACGAUGAGAAA